AUGAAGGCACUUCAACGAUUUUUUAAGAAAAACAAUCAUGAAGAUUAUAUUAUGGGUAAAUGUUCAAUUUCACGCGAUUUAUCAUCACCAGAUACUCCAUCUAAAUUACAAACAAGUCAUUCUUGUUUUCAAUUAAAUAAGUCUCCAUUAAAACGUCGUUUUCUACUAUUUAAAUCUUCAUCAAACAAUACUUCAAUGGGUGCAGCAAAUAGUACUAAGGGAAAUCAAAGUGAUAUUCAAACAUAUCUUGAACAAGAAAAAGUAAAGUUUAUUGAAAAACUUGAAAAUCCUGUUCGACAAAAUGCUAGCUUAGAUGAUUUUGACCUCAUACGUACAGUGGGUACUGGAACAUUUGGUCGAGUAGUUUUAGUCAAACAUCGAACUGAUCCUGUAGUGAAAACAGUUGCAUUGAAAGUACUUGAUAAACAAGUUGUAAUGAAAAUGAAACAACUCGAACAUACAUUAGCUGAAAAAAAAAUUCUUCAAGCAUUAUCUUGCCCAUUUAUUGUAAAAUUAUUGUACACAUUCAAAGAUAAUUCUUAUUUAUAUUUGGGUCUUGAAUAUGCACCUGGCGGAGAAAUGUUUACACAUUUACGUUCUUCCGGACGUUAUACAGAAGAUAUGACAAGAUUUUAUGCUGCACAAAUUGUACUUGCUUUUGAAUAUUUGCAUUAUUUAGGUGUUAUUUAUCGAGAUCUUAAACCCGAAAAUUUACUUUUUGGAUCAGAUGGUUAUUUAAAAAUGACAGAUUUUGGGUUUGCAAAACGUGUCAAAGAUCGUACAUGGACAUUAUGUGGAACACCUGAAUAUCUUGCUCCAGAAAUAAUUCUCAGUCGUGGUUACAAUAAAUGUGUAGAUUAUUGGGCAUUAGGUGUAUUAAUGUAUGAAAUGAGUGCUGGUUAUCCACCAUUUUUUGCUGAUCAAGCAAUACAAAUUUAUGAAAAAAUUGUAUCUGGUCGUGUUCGUUUUCCAAAUCAUUUUACAGUUGACCUUAAAGAUUUACUCAAAAAUUUACUUCAAGUAGAUUUAACACGUCGUUUUGGUAAUUUAAAAGCUGGUGUUAAAGAUAUAAAAGAACAUCGAUGGUUUCGAGAUAUAGAUUUUAUAGCUAUCUAUGGAAAAUCUAUUCCAGCACCAUAUAUACCAAAAGCUGAUAAAGACCAUUAUGAAAUCUAUGAGGAGCAACC